CACAAACAAAACAGGGUAACGCAGUUGUUGAUAUAACUGAGAACUUGUUGAGUCAUGUCAUACUGGUGUCUGGCUUUCGAGCUGAUUCACACAUCAUGGCAGAAAAGAUAGGUUGAUAAGUACCAUGGAAAACAGACUUUACGGCCAAGGAGAAAGAAGUUUUUUUCGCGGUGGAAGAAGAGGGACAGGUGGAGGAAGGUUUAACCAUGGUAGAGGAGGCUACAGAGGACGUGGAGCAAGACAAAAUCAUCAAGGCGGACAAGAUAGAUGGAGAUCGCCAAAUCGUGGAUUCAACCAUGGUAGUAUGGGUAGACAGCCCAUCACCGGGUGUCAAGUUCAGAAAUGGGAUUCCAUUGAUGAUGUGGAUAAACUAAUCGUGGAAUUAAUGGCAUCAAAAGAAAGCCUCAUUGAACUGCUACAAAAACAAGAAAUGAAAGAUAAGAUCAUCGUUCGAUUAGUGUCAAUAUUUUCUAAAAUUUGCAACUCACGAAUUCGACAGAGCAUGAUAGCUCUAUUGGUGUUGUUGCGCGACUCUUCCAUGAUAGUUAAACAUAUCCCAAAUUAUAUGAUACUCUCGAGUACGAGACAUAAUUCCGAUGAGCAAAAUAUCGAAUUUGCCGAAAAUUUAGCGCGAAUAAUCACGGAGUACUUUAAGUGUUUCCCUACGUCCUUUCAUGACAUGCCUCUGGACUCAUUACACAUGUUUGCAACAAAAUUAAAGAGUAGCGAAGAUGUGGUUAAAAAGGUACAAGAACUGACAUCAAACAGAGAAGCCAUUUUGCAUGACAUUGCAGAAAAGAAGAGUAAUAUAAAGAAGGAGGAAACUCCUUCGCAGAGCUUUCGAGAGAUGGAAGUGCACCCCACUGAAAAAGAGAUUCAUCUACGUGAAAGACCUUUUCUUAGAGCAAUAAAAAAGAGAGGCUGCUACAAUGAUGGAGAACACUACCUAGACGUCCAAUACAGAUUGCUGAAAGAAGAUUUAAUUUCACCACUUCGCGAAGGUAUACAUGAAGUGAUCGAUAAUAUACCAAGAAGGGAGCGAAAGCAUGCUCUUAAAGUUUACACUGGAAUAAAAGUACUGUACACCAACUGCACCAACCAAGGGCUCACAUAUCACAUAGCCUUCGACACAACCUAUACAAAAGGAAUUCCAUGGAAACAUUCAAAACGCUUAAUCUAUGGUAGUUUAUUGUGCUUCAGUAAAGAUAACUUUCAAACUAUGAUUUUUGCCACAGUUGCUAAUCGAGAUGCUGAAGGCUUGGCAAAUGGAGAGCUGGACAUAAGAUUCAUAGAACGUCAAUCAAGUUAUGAUUAUGUAAAGGAUGGAGAGCAAAUGUCUAUGGUGGAGAGUGCUUCGUACUUUGAGGCUUACAAGCAUGUUUUAAAAGCAUUGAAGGAGAUUCCUUCAGAUGCUGUUCCUAUGAGCUGUUAUAUAGUGGAAUGUAAAAGCAAUGUGGAAAUUCCAAUGUAUCUAAAGCAGCAUAAAAAUCCUGUGUAUGAGUUACCCAUACAGUCCAACAAUCAACAACAAAAUAUUAAAAAACCUUUUGUUUCUAAAUUUAUACCAAUUGAGUUGCUUGAGGCCGAAAGACGAUUUGCGAAAGUCGAAAUUAUGGAAGACAGUUCUUGGGAUAUAGAAACAUGCCUUAAUAAAUCCCAAGUAACAGCAUAUAAAAAUGCUUUGACAAAUGAACUGUCGGUUAUACAGGGACCACCAGGCACUGGAAAAACGCAUGUUGGUUUGCGCAUAGCAGACACAUUUUUGAUAAAUAAAAGUUUCUGGAAUAAAGGUGAGAACACACCCAUGUUAAUUGUAUGCUACACUAAUCAUGCGUUGGAUCAAUUUUUACAUGGACUGGUAGAGUUUGGUCACAAGAAUAUAAUACGAGUUGGAGGAAGAGCAAGCGAAUCUUUAAAAAAAUACUCUCUUUCAGAAGCCACUUUUCGUAUCGGACGGGAUACGAUUAUACGACAAGCGAAGAUUAACGCUUACGAAAUGAGAGACAACAUCAAGCGCCAACUGCAACCAUAUGUGGAUGGAUUGAAACAGCUAAACACAUCAACAUCUACUGGACUAUUCUUGCAUUUUGAUACUCUUCAGCAUGUAAUAAGCCCUACACAUAUUAACUAUUUUGGUUCAGUUGAAAGGAAUUGCAGGCAGUUGGGAAUAUCGGUUUUUGAUAUAUUUCUGGGAUUGUUAAAGAUCCCUCCAGAAAAUGUGAGACGUAUACAACGAAUUAAAGUUCAAGAAGAUAUGACUGACAAAAAGGGAAACGACUUUAUCAACGUCGAGGGAGAAGGCGACAAUCUUGUCAAUAGAUGGGCAGCUGAUCGUGAAAUGUUUGCGAAUGAAGGGACAGAAAAAGAUACAAAAGAAGCGUAUGCCUCUUUGCUAGUUGAUAAGGAUGGUUUUCAAGUUGUCCAACCCACCAAGAAAGAAAGGCAAAGUAGAAUUAAAGAAAACCUCGGUGUGGAAGCCUUGAAGGACAAUGAAGUAAAGAGAAUAGUCAAUCCAUGGCGACUGUCCCUAAAAAACCGGUGGAAAUUAUACAAAUAUUGGAUUCGUAUUUUCACCUCUCAAUAUUCUGCGUAUGUUCAAGGAAAAACUGAAGAUUAUGAAAAUGCUUGCGAAAGAGUUGCUGAGAUUUGUGAGCAAGAAGAAGAAAGAGUGUUGCGGCAAGCAGAUGUUAUUGCCAUGACGACAACUUGUGCAGCAAAGUAUCAACGAAUCAUGAAUAAGAUCAAACCCAAAGUAGUUAUCAUUGAAGAAGCUGCAGAAGUUCUGGAAGCACAUGUGAUGUCAUCACUGACAGACGGCACACAGCACCUGGUGCUAAUAGGCGACCACAAACAGUUACGACCGAAUCCGUCAGUUAUCGAGCUUGCUAAAAAAUUCUCAUUGGAGGUAUCUUUGUUCGAGAGGAUGGUCAAUAAUGGCAUACAGUGUCAUAUGUUAGAUACACAACAUCGAAUGAGACCAGAGAUAUCGAAAUUACUGCGCCACGUGUAUCCCACCUUGAAGGAUCAUGAAUCAGUAAUGCAGUAUCCAGAUAUAAAAGGAAUUUCAAAGAAUAUUGUUUUUAUCAACCAUCAACACGUAGAGGGUGAGAUAGAGCACCUGAAAUCAAAAUGCAAUCUCCAUGAAGCUAGAUUCAUCAAAUCAUUAUGCCGUUACUUUCUAAAGCAAGGUUAUGCUUCCAGUCAAAUCACUAUUUUGACUGGAUACACAGGUCAACUUCUUACUUUGCAGAAUAUGAUGCCACGAUCUGAAUUUGAAGGAGUACGAGUUGCUGCCGUUGAUAAUUUUCAAGGAGAAGAAAAUGAAAUAAUCUUACUUUCUCUUGUACGAAGCAACUUGGAUGGCAAAAUAGGCUUCUUAAGAACAAACAACAGAGUAUGUGUUGCCUUGUCAAGAGCUAAGCAUGGUUUGUACGUCAUUGGAAACUUUCAAGCACUGGAAGAAGCAAGUUUGUUAUGGCAAAAGAUAAUCAGCGAUAUCAGAGCCAUGAAUGCGUUACAAGAUCAUGUAACCUUAAUUUGCAGAAACCACCCUGAAACUAAAGUGAAUGCAAAAGAAGAAACAGAUUUCUUUCAAGUACCAGAGGGUGGUUGUACGAAGCCAUGCGCGUUUCGUUUAAGCUGUGGCCAUGCUUGUGCUAUGGCAUGUCAUCCAACAGAUCAAGACCAUGCAAACUACGUUUGUCGAAAAUCAUGCAAUAAAACUGUGUGUGCUGACAAUCACAAAUGUCCGAAAGCGUGCCACAAUCCCCGACCAUGCGGGAAAUGCACAUUCAAAGUAUCCAAAAUAGUGCCAAAGUGUGGACAUAAGCAAAUAAUGAAAUGUUUUGAAGAACCAAAAGACUUUAUAUGCCAAGAAAAAUGCACAAAGGUCUUUUCGUGUGGCCACAUUUGCGCGCACCAUUGUGGUGAGGAUUGUGCGCAGUUUGAAUGCAAGGUGAUAGUAAAAAAGAAGUUAAAAUGUGGCCACGAAGCAUCUGUCGAAUGUCAUUUGGAUUCCGAAAAUGUUGUUUGUUCUGAACCAUGUGAUGCGACAUUGGAAUGUCUUCAUAAAUGUACCGGGACAUGUGGCACGUGCAUUCAAGGAAGACUGCAUGUCAAGUGUUUACACGAAUGUAAAAGAAUCCUGGUAUGCUCUCAUCUCUGCGAGGAACCUUGCACUGAUUUAUGUCCUCCCUGUUUAAAAAAAUGCGAGAACAAGUGUGUUCAUAGUAACUGUCAGGAAUGCUGUGGUAAGCCAUGUGUUUUAUGCACAGAGCCAUGCGCAUGGAAGUGCGAACAUCAGCAGUGCACUGCGUUGUGUAGUGAGCUUUGUAACAGAGACAGAUGCAAUGAGCCAUGCAGUGAGCUGUUAGAUUGUGGACACGCUUGUAUUGGUUUAUGUGGAGAAAAAUGCCCAGAUUAUUGCCGUAUCUGUAAUAAGGAGAUUGUAGAAGAAAUCUUUUUCGGUACAGAAAGUGAUAAAGAUGCUAGGUUUAUUGUCCUUGAGGAUUGCUACCAUAUAUUUGAAGUUUCUUCUCUCGACACAUGGAUGGAAAUACAAGAAGAAGCAAAUAAUAUAAAAUUAAAGGAAUGCCCAAAAUGUAAAACCGUGGUGAGAAAAAGUUUGAGAUAUGGAAACAUUGUGAGGCAAACACUAAAUGAUAUCGAAGCUAUCAAGCGUAAAAUGAUUGGUGAAAAAAAUGAAAUUGAACAAAAGAAGAGAAAAGCUAACCGACUUUGGAUGAAGAUCAGAAGUCUGUCAAGUUUCUUUUUUAUGUAUACUAUGGGAGGGUCUACUAAAUCUCUCCCGAAGCUAAUUGAGAAGUCAUCAGACAUCUACACUGCUAGCAGUUUACUAAAUCAAGUAAAAUUGAUUAAAAACUUAGUUAAUUUCUUGACCGAACAGGAACUAAAAGAUCAAAAAGCAGAUGCAGAAAUAAGCUUAUUAGGUUAUCUAAUAAACUCACCACUUCGUGAACAACAAUUUAAACUGGCUAUAAUUGAAUUUGAAAGAUUGAAAUUAAUACAUAGUGCAAAAGAUACGUUGGAGCGUCUUCAGAUUAAAAAUAGGGGAUCGUACGCUAAUGUAGUUCAUAACGCCGCAUUGCUAGAUGACAUAGGAAGAUUAAGCGAAUGGUUAGCUGAACUUCGCGGGAAAUUUUUGUCAGACGCUAAACUAAAAGUAAUGUCAACAGAAAUAACUACCGUCCAGAAAAAAUGGAAUACCCAUUCAGUUACUGUAGAAGAGAAAGAAACGAUAUUAAAGGCAAUGGGCCUUGAAAAAGGUCGUUGGUUCAAAUGUGAAAAUGGGCAUUACUACGCCAUUGGUGAAUGUGGUGGCGCAAUGGAAAAAUCAAAGUGUCCUGAAUGCAACUGUGUAAUUGGUGGAGAAAAUCACGCCCUGGCAACUGGAAAUCAACACGCAGGAGAGUUUGACGAUUCUGCGUAUGCAGCUUAUUCUGAAGAAGCAAACAAUUUAAUGAACUUGGAUCCUCAAGAACUGGAACGUUUACGACGAUAAAGGUGAUCCGAAUCAGAAUUGUUGAAAACUUUUUGGCUUCAUUGUUAUUAUGGCAACGUGGUGUAUCGCAAUUUUACGGGUUUUUUACAGUUUGUUCAUAAGAAACUCGUUCCGUAGCACAUCUAGUUAGUUAAAUAACGAUCUACCUUAUGAUGUCAGAUCGGGCGAAAAUUCCCAAUCCUUCUCUAGAAAGCUAAAGAUAUUUUUUAAUUGAUAUAUUACUUGUAUUGUACAUAAAUAGCCACUAAACAUUUUUUCACGCUUUUUUGUUAUAAAAAUACCAAAAUUCUAACCACGAUAUCCAUUAUUCUUACAUAUCUAUUUUUCUAAAUAAUAGAUCUACUGGUUUUAACUUGAAAUCCCAGCCUGAUAUUCUUCUAUAUAAAAAAGCGUGUAUUUCACUUACUGGUUUUGACCUGAGCCUUCUUUGUGAGCUGUGUAAUGUAAUUCUUUGUGUUUGUUCUUUUCUUUUUACCCAAGGUGUGUUUUUAGUGAUUUCUCUCAAUUCUUUGUGACGUUGUACUUUUCUUUCCCAUCUCCAGUUUUGUUAUUAACUUUUUUUAAAAUUUUUUUCUUUUUAAUGGUAUGAUUUUUUAUGUAGCAAAAAGAUAUCUUUUCGAUUCUUAUAAAAAAGGAGUGCGCUUCUACCUUUUUUUAAAAGAAAAAAACAACAGGCUCUUAUCAUGUUGUGGUGUCAUAUGCUAAAAGUCCGGCAUGCCAGAGAUCAAAUAGCAGGCUUUUCGAUUUGAGAAAGACAAGAGUUGUGAUUUUAUGCACGUAAACUGAGUAACAAAGUAAGAUUCGAACUUUUAGUUGUUUUAGUAAAUUUCGUGUUAAUUUUUUUUGUAAUUUUAAGAAAGGGUUAUAAUUUUUAUAUAAUAACAUUUAUUGUUUUUAGUAACGACAGAAAGAAUUUUCUGUUUCAAUUUAAUUUUUCACCAGUAAUACUGAAAUCAGAAAAGUUUUAGUUUAAGAAAGUUCUUUCCAAAAAAAUUUCUUCUUAACCCAAUGAUUCUGUGUUUUACAUCAUUUCGCAGUUGAUUUUAAAUAUUUUUACCAUGGCGCAAAAAAACUUUCUUAAAACUUUCUGAUGACUUUGAACAAGAACUUCAAGCACCAGUAGAAAAAAAGUUGUUUUUGUGUAUUGUAAGGAAAUAUUCAGUGAAUAGAUAUUAUUGUUGGAGUAGUUUAAACAUUUAGUAUUUACUGUAAUCAUUUUGACAUUUUUCGAUAUAGUUUUAGAAAUAA